AAAUUAUUUACAUUUUGGUCAAGAUUUUCAAAUUAUUUAGUAAAUUGUCAAGUAUUAUGCGUGAAUGAAGAAUUUCAGACAGAUAUUAAUACCUUAUCAUUUUAGUUAUGUUCUCACCACAUAGCAGCAAUGGGUUCUAUCAUGCUCCUGUCAGCAAAGCUCUGCUUGGAGAUCAUGCUCCUGUCAGCAAAGCUCUACUUGGAGGUGUUGUGUUGACAUCAUUUGCUUUGAAUAUUCCACUCCACACCCACAAGCCAUUAUUCAGCUAUACUCUUACACAAAUAUUCCAGGAAAACCAGCUAUGGAGACUGUUGACAAGCAAGGUAGCAUUUCUGGACACAAAGGACCUAAUAUGCGCUACAAUGCUAAUCUAUUACUUCAGGGUGUUUGAGAGACGUUAUGGCUCGAGAAAAUUUGCAUCCACUUUAUUUGCGACAAGUGUUCUCUCCAUGGUAUUGGAAGUUGGGUCUCAGUUUAUUGCAAGAAAGCUGGAUCUACCAUUGGGAGAGAUGCCUGUUGGACCGUAUGGUAUGGUUUUGUCAAUGUUUGUACCAUAUUUCUGUGAUAUCCCAAGGGUGGCCAUGACUCACAUACUAGGGAUACCUGUAACUGGGAAGUCAUUUACAUACAUCAUUGGAUUACAGAUAGCAAGCUCGAGCCCAGAGUCAUUCGUCGUAGCUGUGUGUGGCGUGAUAUCAGGUAUCAUAUACAGAAGAAACCUGCUCAAAGUCCAGCAAAUCCUCAAAAUUCCUUCAUUCAUCUCUAACAUAUGUGACAAGACUAUAGGCUGGUUGUUGAAAACUCCCAGGCCCAUUGGUCGAGAUCUAGCAAUUGGGGCUACAUUAGAAAUACAACGGCAGAUUCACAUAGAGAAGUUAGAACAACAGAUGGCGCUAGCGCAGGCACUGCAAUAUCGGCAGCGGAUGAAUAUUGGCCGCCCACAACUGAAUAUGGGUGCUGCUGCUGCAUUUGGGCAGCAACAGAAUUAUGCAAAUGCAGUUAGGGAAAGAAGGAACAUACAGCCUCAACCAGAUGGAGCAGGAGAUGUAGGUAAUGCAGUGGCGUCAUCUAGUGGUCAACAACCAGCACCACAAAUAUCAGAAGAACAGGUUGGCAGACUAACGGAAAUGGGAUUCACAAGAGACAAAGUGCUAGAAGCCUUACAUAUAACAAACAAUGACAUUGCUAUGGCAACAAAUAUUCUAAUCCAAGAUCUAUCCUAAUUGCUUGAGACUGUUCUGAUUUCAUACUCGGAGUCAGAAAGUUUGUUAUUUAUUUAGAAUGGCAAUUUACAAAUAUAUAGGCUUUCUGAAAUACACCGUAUCAUGUUU